CAAAUGAUGGAUUAAAAUUGGUGGCAUACAAGACAAAUACAAUCAGAGCAAUACUAAAAAAGACAAAUCUCAUCCCUUGGCACAAGCUAGCAACGUUAAAGUCGCAGGGACAAGUAGCAAAAAAAUGUACCUAACGGAGACACCAAAGAGAGUUUACCCUUGAACUCCUGCCAAGGGUACAAGGCGAAGGAUCGACCAUCAAUGAAGCGUUGUUGGCAUGACUAGACGAGCAAGAUCCAGAGAUCAGCCAAUUAAGGAGGAAAUUUGAGGAAGCAUACGACUCGAAACGCCUAAGGCAAGAGGCUAGCCGGGAAUGAGGCAUCAGGAAAAAAAGGUCUCAUGCUCGCCGAGCUCAAAAAAAUGAAUGACUGAGGCAAAGUAAGCAGUGGGAAGAGGAAGGUAACAUCGCCGCAUCGUUUUGAGAGUAACUAGCUCAAGGCCGAGGACACACCGAAGUACCGAACAACAUGCGAAAACGAUAGAAGGCGACCCGGCCGCGACAUUUGUCGACAAUAAUUUGGUAUUGGUAGGCAUAUAUAUAUGUAUUCAAGGUAGCUAUCAUUUUCCUUCAAAACAUUAUAAGCACACAUAACCUAGUGACUUUGUCUACAAUAGCAUGGUUUUGGUCACUACUUUUGGUGGCCUAUAGAUGACCCAACAAAUCUCAUAUACCCUCACGAUCAACUUCCAGCUAUUCCGCCAAAUCUUGAGAACAUGCAUAACCGAGAAAAACCUCAUAACGGGCAAAUCCCUACAUACCCUCUACAUCAAGUCCCUAAUCCCACCUUCCACCUACGUCUCCAACCACUUCAUCCUCCUCUACUCCAAAUGCCGCUGCCUCUCUGCCGCCCGCAACGCCUUCGACGCCACCCCCAGCCCCAACGUCUUCUCCUUCAACGCCAUCAUCGCUGCCUAUGCGAAAGAAUCGCAGGCCCGCACCGCCCACCAGCUGUUCGACCGAAUUCCCGAACCGGACGUCGUCUCGUACAACACCCUCAUUUCGGCUUACGCCGACCGAGGUGAGACGGGCCCCGCGGUUGGGUUGUUUGUGGGAAUGAGAGAGGCGGGCCUUGACAUGGACGGGUUCACGUUUUCCGCGGUUGUUACGGCUGCUUGUGGUGACAUUGCCUUGAUUAGACAGUUGCAUUCGUUGGGUUUAGUUGGUGGGUUUGAUUCUUUUGUUUCGGUGAACAAUACCCUCAUUACUUAUUAUGGGAAGCAUGGAUAUUUAGACGAGGCUAAGCAGAUUUUUUACGCGAUAUGUGAGAUUAGAGACGAGGUUUCUUGGAAUUCUAUGAUUGUGGCUUAUGGGCAACACCAAGAAGGAUCAAAAGCAUUGGCAUUGUAUCAGGAAAUGGUUCAAAGGGAGGUGAAAGUGGACAUGUUCACUUUAGCUAGCGUUUUGACUGCGUUUACUUGCCUGGGGGAUUUGCCCGGUGGGCAUCAAUUUCAUGCUCAUUUGAUCAAAAAAGGGUUCCAUCAGAAUCCUCAUGUUGGCAGCGGUUUGAUUGAUUUGUACUCGAAAUGUGGAGGGGGUAUGCUGGUCUGCAAGAAAGUUUUCCAAGAAAUUCCUGAGCCGGACUUGGUUCUAUGGAACACAAUGAUAUCCGGGUACUCUCAAAAUGAGGAGUUAUCCGAAGAGGCACUUGAUUGUUUUCGGAGAAUGCAACGUGCUGGUCACCGUCCUGAUGACGGCAGCUUUGUCUGUGUGAUAAGCGCGUGCUCCAAUUUGUCAUCCCCAUCACAAGGGAAACAGAUUCACUCUUUGGCGCUCAAAUCACGUAUUCCAUCAAAUAUGAUUUCUGUAAACAAUGCCAUCAUUGCAAUGUACUCAAAAUGCGGGAAUCUGCUAGACGCGAGAAGGUUGUUUGAUAGGAUGCCAGAGCAUAACACGGUCUCUUUGAAUACAAUGAUUGCAGGUUAUGCACAACAUGGUAGAGGGACAGAAUCACUUUUCCUUUUCAAGCAUAUGUUGGAAAAGGACAUUACUCCAACUAGUAUAACCUUUAUCUCAGUCCUGUCUGCAUGUGCACACACUGGAAAAGUCAAGGAAGGGAAAAAGUAUUUCAAUAUUAUGAAAGAGAAAUUCGGGAUUUUUCCAGAAGUAGAACACUAUUCAUGCAUGAUUGACCUUUUGGGUCGAGCCGGUAAACUUAGUGAAGCAAAGAAGCUCAUUAAGACAAUGCCAUAUAACCCUGGCUCCAUUGGUUGGGCAGCAUUGCUCAGUGCCUGUAGAAUACAUGGAAACAUAGAGCUAGCGAUUGAAGCAGCUAACGAGUGUCUUCAAUUUGACCCUUCAAAUGCUGCUCCCUAUGUCAUACUUGCGAAUAUGUACGCCAGUGAAGGCAGAUGGGAAGAGGUGGCAACCAUGAGAAAACUUAUGCGUGAAAAUGGAGUGAGGAAAAAACCCGGUUGUAGUUGGAUUGAGGUGAACAAGAGGGUACACGUCUUUGUGGCGGAGGAUAGUUCACACCCGUUAAUAAAGAAGAUCUACUCCUUUUUGGAGGAGAUGUUAGAGAAGAUGAAGGUAGCAGGAUAUGUGCCUGACAUGAGGUGGGCUUUGGUUAGGGAUGAUGGAAUUAGGGCAGGAGAAAAAGAGUUGAGGUUAGGGCAUCACAGUGAGAAGCUUGCGGUUGCGUUUGGGCUGAUUUCGACAAAAGAAGGAGAGCCUAUAUUGGUAGUGAAGAACCUUAGGAUAUGUGGGGAUUGUCACAAUGCCAUUAAAUUUAUAUCUGCGAUCACUGGGAGAGAGAUCACCGUAAGAGAUGCCCUUAGGUUUCAUUGCUUCAAGGACGGACAAUGUUCUUGUGGCGAUUAUUGGUGACACCGUAGCUUAUCUCUUAAUAUUCAUUGUCAUAAUAAGCUUAGGUAAAUGAAGGGUGGCCCAGACCCUCUCUUAAGAUUGUCCCAAAGUGAACAGAUUUGAGUUGCAUAAAUAGCCUCUCUGCUUACGGGGCUAAGGCUACGUACUUUCAACCCUUCCCUGGACCUUGCAGUAGUAGGAGUCUUGUCAGCUAGGUAGCCCUGUUUUGGGGGUAAGCUCAGGUGAAGCGUCCAAGUAUUUAUGUUAAAAACUGGAAUGCUGCAAUUAGUCGAUUGUUAGCAGUUCGGGUUCGAAACAUGGGUUCCUUAAUUUCUCAAUCUUCAGGUAUCAGAAUGGAUACUAGAUAGGUUUCAGAGUGUAUAAAAAUUGGCUCUGAUUUUAGAUUGAAAAUUUUGAUAAUUAUAGGUUUUCUACCAGCAACAUACUUGUUCUUUC